GUAUUUCUCUCACCACCAGACACCUCGAGCCAUGGCGUCCUUCGGCGCUCUCUCGAUCUGGUGUGGACAUCGAUUUCGGAACACUGGCGUGGUUUUCGUAGAAGAACUUUCAAUGCUACAGCAGCUGAGCACACUCGUGGUUUUUAGGAAUCCGUGGAUCCUUAUCCUGACGCUCACACCCCGACCAGCGCACUUUACACGCCUCCAUUCCGUACCACACGUUUCUAUCGCGCAUUUCGUGCGCCAAUUUUAUGCAAAUACCACCGGUUCCGCACCCAAAGACUGACAUAGACGUACAGAACUUCCUUAUCUUGUCGAUCCCGAUUCCGGUAACGUCCGUACUUGCUCUUCUGGAUCUGUCCUUCUCUCAACCUGGACUUCGUCCGGUCAAAGCGCAACCGUGACGCCAUCGUCGCGAAUUAUGGCUUUCGCCCGCCGCACGACGGACUCUCUAGCGCUCGCCGAGCUCCUUUUUGGUCUGCGAACCGCUACAACCGCUACAGCCGCUACGGCCGCUACAGAGGCGGCGACGACGACGAGCGCGGUAACCCAAACAACGUCUCUUCUUCACCCGCUGCUGCCGUCCCCUCACGCUCGCGCCUGCUCCGCCGAUAAUUCCUCCCCCUCCGCCUCCGCCUCCGCCUCCGCUUCCGCCGCAUCAACUUCGUCGGGAGGCUCUGAUGCCGCCGUGCAAUCCGGCGGCGUUUACGCCGCCGCGCCGCUGCGCGACGACCCGUCAUCGGGCGGGCUGCUCCACGCCGCCACCGACGAAUCUCCGCCGGCAAUCGGGGGCGGCUCGCCGGGAGUCGCGCUUCCGCAUUGGAUGACAAAGUCCCCACCGCUCGCACACAAUGCCCCUGCGCGCGCCGGCGUGACUUGCGCCAACAACCCCGCGCCACUGGCGGGCUCCCUCAACCUCAACCAGCAGCAGCAGAACGCGCUGGCGGCUGCUGCGCUGAUAGCGAGCGUGCUGCGCGCAGCGAAUGCGGCAAAUGCGGCGACAGGCAGGCGCGAGGGGAUUCCCGCGAUCACAUCCGCCUCCACCGCUGAAGCUAACAGCAGGACGAGAGAGACGCUCGUUCCCGAGCCGCAGGGGGCGACAGAUAACACCUCCCUCAGGAAGCAGCUGCUAUUGCACGCGCAGCGCAAUUCCUGGGAGAGAAUGCCUUCCGUGGUUCCCGGAUCUAUCAGCUCCGGCGGAAGCGCUUCGUUCCCUUCGUCUGCCGCCGCGACUUUGUCUCGCCUCUGCUCGCCGGCUGACGUGUCAACAUCGUCGCUGUCCGCAUUGCUCAGUGGGUCAGUGUCCACGUCACCAGCGGAGAGGGGUUGCUACAGUGAGUCGCUUGCGAUGGCGCUCCGAGCGGCCAAUGAGGUGACCAGGUUGAACAUCGUGGGUGGAAGGGAGAACAUGAGUGGUUCUGAGUUUUUGGAUGGCCUCGCGUUCGGGCAGCGCGAAAGAUUAUCCCGGGGAAGCAAGAGGUGUCCGCAGUGUGGAAGAAUCUUUUCCUCGGGGCAGGCGCUGGGCGGUCACAUGCGGAAACACUGGAAGGGGCCGAAACGGCCGGAGCAAAUUCAAAGGCACGCGAAGGACUCACUUGGGGUGAGCAAGAGCAGCAAUGUCAUCAGCAAUCAGUGCCACAACAGGUCGUCUUCGCCGGGCCAGCAGCUGUCUGCGUUCAGCAGGCAGCAGUCAGAAGAGUCACUGGAGAUGGAGAAAGAGCAGGUGGAAGAUGGAGCCGAGAUCGAUUUGGACCUCCGGCUGUGAUGCUUGAAGCGCUGUGAAGCCAGCAAUCUAGGUGGUUUACUACUGACCCCUGUUUUGCUGUUGUAUAGCCCAUAUGCUAAUAAACCUUGUCAAUGCCA